ACUAAAAUUAGGUCCCCUUCCACUCAUAUUGGUGAACAUGUAGUAAAAAAUUGUUAUUUCAGAAGGAAAUGGACACGAAACAGUUGGCGGAGCUUCUAAAGGGCACUAUAGACCCAAAUCAUAGGAAUGAAGCUGAGAAGAAACUAACCGAGCUUCACAAGAUUAUUGGGUUUGGCCCCCUGGUCCUGCAGAUAGUGAUGGGUCAGGAUAUAGAGUUACCGGUCAGACAAGCUGCAGUCAUCUAUCUCAAGAACAUGGUGAGCACGAACUGGAAGGAACGUGAACCUGAUGCUCCUGGAGCUCCUGUACCCUUUUCUAUACAUGAACAGGACAGAGCUGUCAUCCGGGACAAUAUUGUGGAAGCUGUAGUUCACGCUCCAGACAUCAUCAGGGUCCAGCUGGCGGUUUGUGUCAGUCAAAUUGUGAAGCAUGAUUUCCCGGGGAGAUGGCCUCAAGUAGUGGAUAAAGUGUCCAUUUACCUUCAAAAUCCAGAACCCUCAGGUUGGAUGGGAAGCUUGCUCUGUUUGUACCAGCUGACUAAGAACUUUGAAUACAAGAAGACUGAGGAACGGAAACCUUUAACUGAUGCUAUGAAUCUUCUUCUUCCUCAAAUAUACACCUUAAUGGUUCAGAUGAUGCCUGACGACAGCGCAGACAGUGUAGCAGUUCAGAAACAGAUAUUAAAGAUAUUCUUUGCUCUCACCCAGUAUGUUCUACCGUUAGACCUUAUUUCAAGAGAAGUGUUCAGUAAUUGGAUGGAGAUCUUGAGACAGUUGGCGGAGGUCGAUGUUCCUGCUCAUACUCUACAGGCUGAUGAAGAGGACAGACCUGAAUUAAUCUGGUGGAAAAGGAAGAAGUGGGCUCUUCAUACCCUUACAAGACUCUUUGAGAGGUAUGGUUCACCUGGAAGUGUUACAAAGGAGUAUAAGGAGUUUGCUGAGUGGUUUCUUAAAACCUUCUCCGGUGGAAUUCUAACAUCUAUGCUGACAAACCUUGAUCAAUACAGGCAGAAGAUUUAUGUUUCUCCGAGGGUGAUGCAACAGGCGUUGAAUUAUAUUAACACCGCUGUAAGCCAUUCCCACUCCUGGAAACUAAUCAAACCCCACAUGCUUCAGAUUAUUCAGGAUAUUGUGUUCCCACUGAUGUCUUACAGCGAACAAGACGCAGAACUCUGGGAUUCGGAUCCGUACGAGUACAUCAGGAUCAAAUUCGAUAUAUUUGAAGAUUUUGUUUCUCCUGUAACUGCAGCGCAGACAUUGUUGCACUCAGCUUGCAAAAAAAGGAAGGAGAUGUUACAGAAGACGAUGACACUUCUUCUUCAGAUCAUCCAGGCGCCUGGGACGAAUCCCAGUCAGAAGGAUGGAGCCCUCCACAUGAUUGGAACAAUGGCCGAUAUCCUGUUAAAGAAACCAAUGUAUAAAGAGCAGAUGGAGAAGUUCCUGGUUGAGAUAGUGUUCAGGGAGUUCGGGUCUCCACACGGACACCUCAGGGCUCGUGCAUGUUGGGUGCUCCACUAUUUCUCUGACGUGAAGUACAACAAUGAGACGGUUCUUAGGGAAGCUUUCAGGCUCACUGUCCAUUGUCUUCUUCAUGACAGUGAAGCACCAGUCAAGGUUGAGGCUGCUAUAGCUGUACAGAUGAUGUUAACUAGUAAAGGAGAGGCAGCAAGGCAAUACCUUGAACCUCAAAUACGAGAAAUUACUCUGGAACUCCUUAAGAUUAUCAGGGAGACAGAAAACGAUGAUCUGACGAGUGUGAUGCAAAAAAUAGUCUGUACUUACACAGAGCAGUUGGUUCCAGUUGCUGUUGAUAUCUGCCAACAUCUUGUGGGAACAUUUGCUCAGGUUCUUGAAGCAGCUGACAGCGGAGAUGAGAAAGCUAUCACUGCCAUGGGUCUUCUUAACACCAUGGAGACCAUCCUCGGAGUCAUGGAGGAGCGAGCAGAGGUGCAUGCUGCCCUGGAACCUGUAGUACUGCAGGCAAUUCAUCAUAUAUUCACAAACUCAAUUAUGGAAUUCUAUGAGGAGGCCAUGUCUCUGACCUGUGAUCUCACAACUAAGGCCAUUUCUGAAAACAUGUGGAAAAUGCUGGAGGUGAUGUACACUGUAUUCCAGAGAGAUGGAGUGGACUAUUUCACCGAUAUGAUGCCAGCUCUUCACAAUUAUGUAACUGUUGACACAGUGGCGUUUUUGUCUACCCCAGACUACAUGAUGGCGAUGUACAACAUGGCUAGAACUAUGCUUGAGAGUGAUCCAGGGGAGGAUCCAGAAUGCCAUGCUGCUAAAUUGUUGGAAGUUAUAAUUCUCCAGUGUAAAGGACUAAAUAUAGAUCAGGUUAUCCCGAUCUUUAUUGAAUUGGUGCUGAAAAGGUUGACCAGGGAAGUUAAAACAUCAGAAUUGAGAACAAUGUGUCUCCAGGUGAUAAUAGCAGCCAUGUAUUACAAUCCUGUACUUCUGGUGGAUACCUUGGAUAAAAUGGGAGAAAACGUUUUCGCUCAAUUUAUUCAACAGUGGAUUCAUGACACUGACUGCUUUAUUGGACUCCAUGAUAGAAAGAUUUGUGUGCUGGGUCUUUGUCAUUUGCUGCAAAUGCCAGAUAAACCUGCAAUAGCUGCUACUGCCCAGCAAUUGGUUCCUUCAAUUAUUCUUCUUUUUGAUGGGCUCAAGAGAGCUUAUGCAGCAAGGAAUGAGGAUGAUUCUGAUGACGAAGAUGAUGAUGAGGAUGGAGAGGAUGGAGUCGAUAAUGAACUGCUGGACUCCGAUGAAGAUGAAUUAGAUGAUGACGGACAAGUGUAUUUAGAAAGUCUUCAGGAAAAGGUGAAGAAGGCUGGAUCAGCUGAAGGGUUUAAGAUAACUGCAAGUAUCGAGGAUGCCGAGGAUAGUGAGGAUGAUCUCUCUGAUGAUGAUUACGACGGCUGCGAGGAAACUAGUCUGGAGGCCUAUACCACACCAUUAGAUGACGAGGAAGGAGAAAAUGUUGAUGAAUACAACAUUUUCAAGGAGGUUCUUGGGUGUAUUCAAACUACUAAUCCAUCCUGGUAUCAUCAGCUUACAUCUCAUCUAUCCGAGGUUCAAGGUAAAGCUUUGACUGAAGUGAUCACCCUGAGCAACCAAAGGCUGGCUGAGAGGGAAAGUAGAAAAAUUCAACAACAAGGAGGAUAUCAGUUUAAUCAACAAGUUGUUCCAGGACAAUUCAACUUCGGAGCCCCUGCUACAUCACCCUUUGGAAAAUAGACUCAAAAUUCAUAAUUUCUCAAUAGUUUAAAAAUAUUUUCCGUAAACUCAUCUCCCGAAUCAAUAAUUUCCUUUCAAUAUUGUAGACUUUAAAAAUAUCUUUUGGAAAAAUUUAGAAUUUUGUGUAUUUAAAACAAGUUUAGAGAAAGUUUGCAGCUUAAACAUGUAGUGCUUCAUGUCCUUAGUAUUUGAUACGCCUCCAUUUUACAACCAGUCUUUAUUUGCAUUGUUUUGGAUAUUUGCUGAAAUGAGAGUUUAUAAACGAAAUCAACUUAGACAUUUGUUUUUGUCAAAACGCUACUUGAAUUAAGGUUCUUGAAUUUGGGUUUUAUUUUAAAAGGGGGGGGGGAGUCAGCUAACUAAUUAUCUGAUCUGUGACACGUCGAUUGUCAAUUGUCGAUUGUCGAUUAAAUCUUAAGUCUUUUUGUGAAUCUAAACCAUUUAAAUCCUCCGUCAAGUCUAGCAUGAAUUAAAAGGUUUGGAUACGAGUACAGGAGUGAAUAGAAUUUAUCUUUAUUGGGAUAUCCCCUGAGUCCUUGUAUGACGACCUACUCCUAAACCUUUUUAUUUAUUGAAAUAUUUCCUGCUGUUCACAGGAUAUAUGGCUAGAUAAAUCCUAUUUUUUGCUAUAUAUCUAGCUAUAUAUUUGCUGAUGUUCACUGGAUAUCUAGCUAAAUAUUUCCUGAUGUUUGCCGGUUAUUUAGCUAUAUUUUCCUAAUGAAUUACCAGAAAUCUAGCUGAAUACCUGGCUCUAUUUACCCUGUAUGCAAUGUCCCCUGCGUCAAAAUGUAUCCUGUCUUCUGUGAUAAUAAUGUAUAAAGAGGUGCCACUGCCCACUGUUCAAAGCAGACGAUCUAAGGGGGUUCUACUUUCAUAGAAUCUGUCAUAAAAAAUAUUUUUUAUUCGUUGCUUGGACCAUGCGCCGUCCGAACAAGAAUCAACAUAAAAAAUGAAAAAUUGAGAUUUUAUUUAAAUUGUUUGCUUUUUUGCGCGUGUGCACCUCUUGUCAAAUGUCUUGUCAUAUAUUAUGUAUUUUUCUGAAAUAUAUUUUUUAAUCUUC